AUGGGGGCGGCAAUACGCAAUAGAGAAGCUGUCCUAUGCGCUCGUCGUAUGUAUGGUCGAGGGAUAAAGGAUCUGGCCUUUCUCUUGCAGACACGGACUGCACUAGCGGAUGAGACACUCGCAGCUGCGAUCCUGCUGGGGGGUUAUGAGGUUCUAGAUGGUAGCAGUGAUCGUUCGUGGAUCAUUCAUUCACGUGGCAUCCGCCAACUGUUCUGCGCCCGUGGCCCUUCAGCACAUAAACAUGGUAUAGGUCGAACUCUUCUGCUCUGCUGGCGGCCUUACAUAGUCGCGGAUGCCUUUAUCCAUGCAGUGCCCUGUUUCCUGGGCGAGUUGGAGUGGACAUGCACAUCAAUGAGCCAAGAGAUUGCCAAAUCGGAACAUCAGCAGCGGAAAAGUAGCCUUCUAGGCCAGACGAUGGACUAUGCGUUUAAUGAAGUCGCCAAAUGUCCUGGCUACCUUGCAACGACAAAGAACAUUGUGAUGUCGGACACGGAUGCCGACCCAGCUAUGCUAGGUGGUUUGGUGAACUCUAUUAUCGAAUCAAGAGAAAACCUUGUUCAGCUUCACAGCACGCUGGUAGGAAGAGAUCCCCCAGCUUCGUUUGUUGGAGUGAUUCCAUCGAUGUACGCAACAACCCUGGUGCAGGGAUCUCGCUAUAGCAUCAGCUCUGCUAUCGCACUGCUCGACCAGCUGAAGAACAUGCUCCAGUCACAUCUAAAGAGGAGAAUCAAACCCCGGCAGACCAUUUCGAUGGCAAGCUUUGACAGCAAGCAAGAGGAAGACCCAUGGCGUCUUUUCGCGGAGAACCAGGCUCUCAACAAUAAUAGGAGUCAACGACCUCUUUCUCAAGAUCCAGAAGACCUGGACCUAAGCAUCUAUGAUAUUGAGGAUCGAUUGGAUAAAUUUUCGUUAACAAUGGGCAUGGGUAGUCUAUUGCCAGAUACAUGCGGUUGCCCACAAUUCUCGGCACAUAAGACUAUUCCAAUUCAGCCCGCCUCACUUCCUUGA